AUGAAGAUGAAGCUAUUAGGGACUUCGAUGGCGCUGAUAGCCUCAGUAGCGCAUAUUGUUAAUGCACAUGCAACAGAGAAAUCAGACGAUACAAAAUUGAACCAGGCUAUGUCUUUGCCAGACCUGAUUUCUUCGACUAAGGUCCCUAAGAGCUGGACUGCAGGUGAUUCUUCGGUACUGGAAGAAGGCAGAAUUAUAUUAACACCUCAGAGAGGUACCAAAGGUUCGUUGUGGCAGAAGGAGAACUAUAAAUUGGAGGAUUCAUUUACAUUGGAAUGGACAUUUAGAAGUGUAAAUUAUGAGGGGAAAAGUGAAGGUGGUUUAUCUUUCUGGUUUUUAAGUUCUAAUAGCCGGAGUGAUUUCAAGGAUGAAACCUUUUAUAAUGGACCUUCAAAAUUUGAUGGUCUACAAUUACUGGUCGAUAAUAAUGGACCUUUGAGUUCUACCAUGCGUGCACAACUGAAUGAUGGUGGCGAACCCUUCACUAAACAGAAUGUGUACGACAGAUCGUUAGCAUCCUGUUUGAUGGGCUACCAGGAUUCUUCAGUGCCUUCGACGCUCCGUUUGACUUAUGAUAGGAGUGAGAAUAACCUGCUGAAGUUACAAAUAAAUAAUAAGAUUUGUUUCCAGACAAGAAAAGUUCAGUUCCCAGCCGGUGAGUAUCGAAUUGGUGUGACAGCUGAAAAUGCAAACACUCCUGAAUCAUUUGAGAUCCUGAAGAUGGAAUUGUAUAAUGGCCCUAUCGAGGAUUCGUACAUCCCCAACGUUAAUGAAAUGGGGCAACCUAGAGUGUUGACAAAGGUUAUCGAUAAAGAAACUGGUCAAGAGAGAUUAUUGGAGAAGGAAGCUUAUGACAUUGAAAACGACAAGAUCUCAAAUUAUGAGCUAUAUAAGAAGCUCGACCGAGUUGAAGGUAAAAUUUUGGCAAAUGACAUUAAUGCAUUGGGCGCUCAAAUAACUCAACUUCAGAAAACACAAGAAGAGCUUCUGAAGUACAUUUCGCAAGUGAGUCAAGGCACUAGUGUCAGUAAGGGGAAAAGCGGGGAUGCGAUCGAUGAAGAUAGAAGCAAAUACGGUGAUUUCAUCUCUAUGAAUGAAAAACUGGAAAAGAUGCUUAUUGAACAAGAGAGAGCUAGGGAGGCGGCUAAGCUUGCUACUCACUCUGGUCCGCAUAUCGAUGACAUAGCCAGUAAGCUAGCUCUAUGGCUUCUACCACUGAUCUUCAUCAUGCUAGUCAUGGCAUACUACACUUUCAAGAUCAGACAAGAGAUCGUUAAGACAAAGUUGUUGUGA